CGCCUGCCCAGGCGCGAGAAAGAACCCCCACUUGCCGGGGAACCAAGCCGGGACAGGCAGCUGAAGAGGCGUGGAGGCGGGAGGGGGAAGACCCACGCAGCCGAUUGGGAGGCGGGACUUAGGGCGCCUCCCACCAAUCAGGACCGGCGGAGGAAAAGAGUUUGCCAGCCAGGGGUGUGCUUUUUGUAGCCUCCCCGCCAAUCGGAGCAGUGGCAGUCGCGGCUGAAGCCGGAGCAUCGCGCCAAUCGCGGGCCAGCCAGUACUAGAGAGCGCGGAGUCGGGGAUGUCCUACAAGCCUAUCGCGCCUGCCCCCACCAGCUCAGGAGCCGCCGGCACCAGCAGCAGUAGCGCCAGUCCCGCCCCCGGAGCCCCGCCGGUCGCUACCAGUGUCCCAUCUCCAUCUGGUUCUGUCCCUGGAGCGUCUGCCCCCUUUCGACCUCUCUUCAACGAUUUUGGGCCCCCAUCGAUGGGCUACGUGCAGGCUAUGAAGCCACCAGGUGCCCAAGGCUCCCAGAGCACAUACACAGAUUUGCUUUCUGUAAUUGAAGAUAUGGGCAAAGAGAUACGACCUACAUAUGCAGGUAGCAAGAGUGCUAUGGAACGGCUGAAGCGAGGCAUUAUUCAUGCCCGGGCGCUGGUAAGAGAGUGUCUGGCAGAGACAGAGCGCAAUGCCCGCACGUAACACUCGCUUCCUCCUGGCACCACCCUUGGAGGAUCCUAGCACUUUCCAGCUAAUCAACAUUUUGGAAUCUGAAGUUUUCCCCUUCCUUUCAAAUCUUGCUACCAAUCAGUGUCUCAAGUCUUAGAACUGUGAUCGCCUUCAAAGACCUUUAUACCAAUUGGCACCUAAGAAUCUGAAGUAUCUCCAGUUGCAUCACAGAACUUCCCGUCAAUUGGCAUUCUGGGAAUAUAUACAGAAAGAAUUCAUUGCGCACACCCUUUGGUCUACUAGUCAGAAUAAUUGCUGGUGACAAGUUCUAUAUCUUUAUAAAAUACGUGGGGUUUUUGAAUAAAUAAAACCGUUGGAAUUUGGAUUAUCCCUUCUUCACUGUGCUUUUCUAUAUUUUUUUUUCAUGUGGUGAGGGAAAUAUUCUCUUCCUCACUAAAAUAUUACUGAAGGGCAUGUAUUGCAAGAUGUGCUUCCUUAGUAAAGCAGUAUGAAGCCCUCUCUUCCUCUUGUAACAAGAGUCUCAACCAGCGAUCACUGAGCCUGUAUUGGGAAACUUGUAAUAAAAUGUUUCUACUCCUA